CUCAUAUUUUACCGACGCCACACCUGUCGCUGGUCGUGACGCGGUGCACGCUGCCGCAGCUGCUGGCGACUGCCACCGUGCUGAGCCUCGCGCAUUCCGGCCCCGUCCUCCUUAGCGUGCACAGCGCUCUGCAUCACGUGACUCCGGUACCCCACCACGAUGCGGGUCCCCACCCUUCUGCUCGUCGUCCUCGCGGCGCUGGCCUUGUCGUGUGUCGCGCUGGCCGCGCCCACCGCGCCACAGCCGUCGUCUGGACACCCCCCGGGACAGCAGGGCAUGGACCACCACGGCAGGGCCCGCCGCUUUGUCGUGUUCGGCUGGGACUUGGACCGCUUCCUCGCCGACCUGAACCGCCAGGUGCACCGGGCGUGGGCGGCCAGCACGCUCUGGGCGCGCCACCUGUUCCGCUGGUCGCACCGCCUGCCGCAGCACCAGACCGUGUACGACCUCAAGCUCCCCGGCGGCGGCGUCGGCGUGGUGAAGAUCAUCACCUUCGGCGCUCCCCACGGCACCGGCGCCGGCCACCGCGGCCCGCUUAUCUGGGACGGGCACAAGCUCUCCUGGAAGCACCCGAAGGCCGGCGACAGUAGCGACGGCGAACUCCUCACAUUCGACCACAACGGCAAGCACCACGCUGUCACGCUCAAGGCCCUGGCCAAGUACCUCGGCCACGCCCCCGCCGGCAGCAAAGUCCACGCCGAGGUGCUCGGCAGCUCGUGGAACAACCUGAGGAUCGUCCUGCACGUCCUCGGCAAGCACCACAAGGAGGACUCCAAAAAGAGCGUGUCCAUCCUGGUGAGCAAGCUGAUUGAGAAGCACAGCCAUUCGAGCCACAACAAGGAGAGCCACCACAAGUCGAGCGACAGUAAGGAGAGCCACCACAAGUUGAGCCACAGCAAGGAGAGCCACCACAAGUCGAGCGACAGUAAGGAGAGCCACCACAAGUUGAGCCACAGCAAGGAGAGCCACCACAAGUCGAGCCACAGCAAGGAGAGCCAAAGUAAGAAUAGCCACCACAAGUCGAGCCUCGCCAAGGAGAGCGAGAACUCGAGCAGCGGUGAGAAGAGUCACGCGUCGGGCCGUUCUGUCGCUCUCGAGAGUCACACCAAGGAAAAGCAUAGCAGCCAGGAGAACAAUAAGGUGAGCCAGAAGCAAAAGAAGUCCUCUUCGUCCUCUGGGCUCGUGUGGAACGGUAAGAGCCUGUCUUGGGCCGACGGCGUCGGCGCGGACAAGAAGAAACAGAAGGCGGCCCGCCGCCGCCAGCUCCGUGUCACCCAGGACGGCGUCUCACACGUGAUCCCCCUCAGCGUGAUCGCCGGCCACCUGGGGAAGGUGGAGGCCGGCAGCACGAUUGCGCUCGAGGUCGUCGGCAAGAGCCUCAAUAAGCUGGAGAUCGUGCUGCACGUGCACAGCAAGAAGGGCGACAACACCGUCACGCUCAACGCCAAGGAGCUCAUCAAGGAGGCCGACGUCCUCGCCAGAGAGCCCGGACUCGCUGCCGGCAAGGUCCUCCCCGGCCCGAAGACGAAGCACGGCAAGUCCAUCCCGCUGCUCGGUGCGGCCCUCUUCAGCACCACGACCCCCACAUACUGGGUUUGAUGCGAACUUGGAAACGCGGGCAACGGGGUGCAGUCUGGGUAUGCCUGCACCCCUGCACCUCACCGUCCACGUAGCGACUACAAUAAUAAAAGCGUAGAGUUGCUCGUU